AUGUCGGCUGGGAUUGUUGGUUUAACAAUCCUGGUCUUAAUCAAGAGCUGUGUGAGCUUCGAUGUGUACAGUAAUGCAUGCGAAGAUUACAGUGAUUACGUGAUCAGAUAUUGGAGUCGACGGUGUUAUUACAACCCAGACGUGUUGUCAAACACUCCUAUGAUGAUCAUCAGGAAUGGGUUUCCUCUGGAAAGUUUUACUAUCACGACGCAGGAUGGGUAUAUUCUGAGUUUAUUUAGAAUCCCGACGGGGAAUAAUAAGUCCAAUGGGACGGUUUUUCUAAUGCAUGCUUUUGAGUUAGUCGAGAAGGGUUAUGACGUCUGGUUGGGUAGUACAAGAGGGACUAAAUUUGCAGACUCACACCUUCGUUUCAACACGUCUAGUAAAGAUUACUGGAAUUUUAAUUUGGAUUCACUGGCUUAUUUUGAUGUCGGUGCACAACUAAAAUUUAUAGCCCAAAAAACAAAAAAGCGCAUUACGUAUAUUGGUUUUUCGACGGGAUCAACGCUGUCGUUGCUAUAUUCAGCCGGAUAUCCUUCAGAAUCCAGGACCUUACUAUCAGGAAUAAUAGCAAUGGCACCGACUGUAUACGUACAGGACAUCCAAUUAUUACGACAUUUUAAGGAAAUUGUUGCCCCUCUCGAGCGAGAAUUAGCGAGACUGAAGAUGUAUGGCGUGUUCCACCAACACUACAUUAACAAAGUCCUGGUCCAAAUCUGUGCGACGUUGCCACACUUUUGCAAAAAGCUUCUAGAAAUGUUCGCCGGAAAGCUCUCGACACAGUUUCUUCCGGACGAGCUUUUAUUGUUUUUUAGUAAUUGUCCGAGCGGGACGUCGUUCCAGGUUUUGAAACAUUAUUUACAAAUGGCGGAGUCGGGUGACGUGCAUCGCUACAACUACGGCAGAGACAACAAUUUAAAAUAUUACCAUCUAAGUGAGCCGAGCAAAUAUGACAUGAGAUACGUCAAAAUCCCCGCCUACGUGAUUUACGGACGAAGCGAUAUAGUAGCCACUGAAACCAACGUGAAACGUCUAUUUGGAGAGCUAGGUAGCACCCGAAAAAGGCUGGUGGGCGUGUCGGACUUCACCCAUUUGGAUUUCGUCACCGCUAAAAACGUAGACCAACAAUUAUACAGCGAAAUAUUCCGAAUUUUACAAGAAAUAUAUUAA